UUGAUUAUUUAUUUUGUUUACAAUAAAUUGUUAAUUGGAAUAUAAAUCAUUAAUCAAAUUCUCUAUGAAUUCAAAUGUGUUAUAGACAACAACUAUUAAUACAGAAGUUGCUCUGAAUAUUUUGUGACAAGUCUACAAAUCGUCAACAAAAUUUUUGCAUUUUCUUCAAAAUCAUAAGUAGAGAAUUCGUGCAACUACAUUGCUAAGGCUUCAACAUGAAUUAUGGCCGUAAGACACCGUCCACGUAUCGUUCCAACCAUUCAGUGUACUCACACACAACCGGAAGGUCUUCAACGAAUCUACACUCGAUCAAAUCACGUUCUAUGCGCUCAGUGCUCGUGCCGUGGUACCAGCGCCCUAUAUUGAAGAACAACCAGUACAUAGACAUACAGAAAAAUUCAAUGCUCAUUGGCAUAUUUUCCAUUUUUCUCGCACUCUUCACAAUUGGCACUUCUAUUUUCGAUAUUUACUGCCUAGCCAUGGCAGCACCUGGAUCCACUCACUAUGGCUACUAUAUAAUCUCGUAUGAAUUUGUUUAUGUCGGCAAUAAGCAUGUGCGAAAUAUGCUGAUUGUGUUUGCCUUAUUCUCGCUUAUACUGGGAAUAGUCAUACUAUUUACCAGCAUUUUGCUCGUAAUUGCACUUAGAAAGGAGUAUGAGCGCAAGAUACUGCCAUGGUUGAAUACAUUUGCCAUUUUCACAAUCUGGCGUUCAUUGGCGCUCAUUUUCUUUGCCAUAGUCAACGAUUUGAUCUUCGCCUAUAAUAUUAUUAUGGUGCUGCUGUGGAGUGUCGCAUUGGUUGUUUGCUUCUACGGUUGGUGUGUAGUCUACUCAUUAUUCCUUGAGUUGACCAAUUUGACGAAAUUGGAAGAUUUGGCACACUUGCGGAUGGGUACGAUGGCUUCUUUACACGCAUCGGCUGCCAAUUCCUUGGCUGGUUCGCGUCCAACAACACCACAUAGCACCGUCUCCACCAUGCCGGUGGGCUAACAGGCUAUUAAGCAAUGAUACAUACUUUUUUUAAUUUUUCGCAACUACGAACUAUGACUAUGUCAGUGAAAAUGUGUACCGUCCAAACUUAUUAGAUUUACUUAUACACCUACACAAAUACAUAUAAAUUUAUAGCGCAGUAUAUGAGGCGUAUCUACACAUUCCAUAUGUGUUAAAUUUUAAUAAUCAUCAAAACUUAAC